AUGCUCCAGCAACUGAGCAAAACAAAACAAAUGGCAGCUGACCUGCGAGCUGUGUCACUGCGGCAUGCCAGCCGCCUGGAAGUGAUGAAAUAUUUUUAUUAACAGAGUGAGCAGCACUGCGGAAAUGUGACGAGCUCCCGGUGACUAAAUUUACCGCAAGACAGACCCGCGACAAGCUAAGUACAACAGCGGCGCGCUAGCUUACCUGGGUCCAAGCACCUCCGGGUGUGUUCAUAGUUUGUUUUUCGAAGCCCGCGGGAGGGACUGGUUUGUGUUUUCUUCGCUGGGACAUGGUGUCUAGAUUAUACAGUCGACAUGCUAACCAGUGUCUAGCUAUUUUCUGCCCGUGAGGUCCUCAGCGGGCCCCACAGCGCUGUUUAGCCUGUGUUUAUCUUGACACCACAGCCAGCCGCUCGCUGGUUAUCUUACCCCAGUGACCACACUAGCGACUCACUAGUAAUUUGACUUGUUUGCACCUAUUCAGUUCAUACAAGCACCGGAAACGUCAUGUAUGAAUAAAGACCACAAUGUUUGCUACUGGGCAUGCCUGUAGCCAGUUGAAUGUGAGUGUGAUUUGAGAGCUGGGACGAGGACAGAGAGGCGAGCAGACGCCUGUGAUGGAGGCUGUGAGGCCAAAGAAGACUAAGUCCAAAACCAGCGGAAAAUCUCAGCUGGCUAGGAAACAGCGGCAGGCAGAGGAAGAGAAAGCUGUCUGUGAUGAGGCCUCCAGCUCUGGCUUCAGUGACAUCCCCCUCAGUCUGCCCUGUCGGGAGACAGAGGAGCAGCAGCAGGACCCUGCCCAGCCCCCAGAGACCACAGCAGAGACAUCAAACCCGCCCUCUGAGGAGCGGGAGAUCGCCUCAUCACAGACUUUAUCCACAUCAGAGGCAACUAACGCUUUACCGACACCACUGAGUUUAUCAACAGGAAUACCAUCCAUCCAUCCAGCUGAGCCAGAAACAGAGGGAAAGGAUGAUGGGAGAGAGACGGCUGAGGGGGCGGAGCUUAGAGCUGUACCAGAGAGCAGAGGGGUGGAAAGCGAAAACCAGUCAGGGAAGCUGAGUGUUUCAACCCAGCUUGAGACCCUAACAGCCCCCAGCGCCCCUGCCCUCUACCCCUCUCUCCCUACACUGGAGGAGGGCCCUGUCAUGCAGCUCCGUGAGGAAACUCUGAAGAAUUGUAGCGUUAGGGGGCCUGCAGUAUUGUCACUUGCUGAGCAGGAAUCGUCUCCUCCAAGUCUGCAGCCUCUUGAGUCUGUACCUGAACUUUCAAGGAGCAGACUCUACCCAGAAUUACCCAAAAUCGCUCCCGAGGUUCAGGCAUUCUCACUGGAGCAGCUGACUGUCUGGGAGCCAGGCAGGGGUGUGCGAGCAUGGCUGGAGGCUGUUGAAGUGUGUGCAGCCCAGUUCUGUGCUCUGGCCCGGCAGGAAAACCAUGAGCUGACCGAACUGCUGCAGAACUACUGGCGUUGCCGGAGACAGCUGACCCAGUCUCACACACAGCUCCACACACAGUCUUCUGACUGCAAGAGCACACAGAACCGACUUUGGAGCUUCAGAGAUGAACAGCUUACAUUACAGGGUGUGUGUGCAGACCAGUCGAAGGUGUGCGGGUACCACCGCUUCCAGCAGGCCGAGUUUAGUCAGAGCGUGCUGGCUGAGCUGAGGAGACUGUUUGAGGCUCGCACCGAGCUGCUUCAUCAAAAGGUGGCACUGCAUGCCUACACCGCUCUGCUUUCACGCCUCCAGGUGGAAUCGUACCUGUAUCGCCUGUUAAAAGAUUGCUCUGGUGGCCAAACACAGCCUUGUUCCCUCCAGCCCCUGAAAGAGGCCAUCAGCGUUUUGUUCAGCUUCACACGUAGAGUCCUUGAUGACACACAGUUCCAGACAGACAUCCAUCACUGGCUGGAGAGAUUGGUGGCGGUGCUGCUGCAUGUCGGAAGAUCUGGAGAACACCUGUACCUGCUGUGCCAUCUGCUGUGCUGUCCUGCCGGGGUGGGCAAGUGGGCUGCACCUUUCCUACAGAUCAAGGUUUUGGGAAACACUUGUGGAGUGCAGCAUUUCAUGCAAGCUCUGGCCAUCCUUAUGUCUCCUGCAAAGCACCGUGCAGAGUUUCUGAGCCAUAUGAAGCCAUGUGAGAGCCAGGGAUCAGCAGCCUCUGGGCCUGCGUCUGGCAACUGGACGCUAGUGGAUGAGGGGGGAGAGGAGGACGAGGAUCCAGAGAGCAGCUGGCUCCUUCUGUGUGAGGAGGACCUGAUCUCCCUGCUGUCCCAGUUCCCCUUCCAGGAGCUCUAUGCACACAUGCUCGGGAUGAGCAAGCAGGGUGUGUAUGAGCCCCAGGCCUGCUCCUCUCAGAAGAUGAUGCGUGUGUUCGCUUUUGCCUCCUCAGUCGUCGAAGUUCUAGCUGUUGGCCUACAAACGUACAACAGGGCCCGGUACAGACAGCUGGUCAAACGAAUCGGGCACAGUAUACGAAUGACAGUGUGUUAUGUCAGCGACCACUGGGCCCAGUAUGUGAGCAUGAAUGGUUCUGAUGGAGCCAGCUCUCAAACACAUCACCUGUCUCUGGACAAGCUGCAGGUGGAGUAUGACCACCUCUUCUUCAGAGCGGUCCUGCAUGUUCUCAGGAACAAGAGGUUGGGAAUCUGGUUGUUCAUGUCUGAGAUGCCAUAUGGGACUCUGUCCAGCUCCAUGCUGUGGAGGGUUCUUUAUGUCAUGCAGUGUGCUGAGACGGCUGGACUGGAAACACUGGGCACUCCAGAUCCAGAGCACCAAGAGAGGUUUGAGCGCUGGCUAUGUGAGGUGAACAGCUCGGACGGCAUCUCUCUCCUCACCGCCCUGGCACACAUGGCCACACCCACCCAGCACUCAGACGCCGCCUUCAUCACCACCAUAACUCUGCUCAUCUACCAGGUGUCCUAUGUCAGCGUGUCCACCAGAGAAACUUAUUCUAAGGUGGGACGAGAGCUGCUGGCUGCCAUAGCAACAGCCCAUCCACACAUCAUCUCUGUGCUGCUGGAGAGGCUGAGAGAGACCAUACAGACAGUGGGCAUGGUGGCGCUGUACCUGUGUAAAGAGCUGCCCCUGUGCUUGUGGCGGCCGAGGCCAGAGGAGGUGUGUGUGAUUGGAGCCUGGCUGCUGCAGCAUCCUCUCUCUGCUGUGGAGAACCGGCUGGCCUGUGUUAUACUGGAGGGACUGAACUGGGGUUACACAGAGGAUGGCUCCUUGGCUCUGUCUUCAUCUCUCCACAGUGAGGUGGCUCUGCUGGUAGCAGAGGCCUAUCAGAAAUAUCUCACUGACAAACCCUACAGCGGCCUCAUAUCAGAGGGCAUCAAACAGGUGUCCUAUCUUGCCAGUGUGCUUCGUUUGGGGGUGUCUCCUGAAGCGUCCUUUAGCCAGUGGGCAUGGCAAUUGUUGCUAAGGCUGAAGCUCCAUGGCAACGCCCAAAACCCUGGAGGAGCUUGGUCCGCCCCUGGUUUGGCCUCCAGCCCACCACCAGAGCUCACACACUCUCCCAGCAUGCACUCUGUUCUCCGUGCUGUCAAGGCAGGCAUCCCUAUUGGAUGCUAUCUUUCCCUUGCUAUGACAACAGUGGGACACAGCUUGGAAAACUUUUGCACUGAGGGAGUUGUAUUGUUGAAGAAUCUGAUUCAGUCUCGACACCUGAGAGCAGCUGUGCAUCUUCUUGACAACAUCCUGCCCCCAACAUACCCUCUCAGCUUCUACCUGCUCAAUAACACUCAGUUUGUGAGCUGUAUCCAGUUGUUCUUGCAGUGUGACAGUGUGUGUCCUCAGGGUGUAACACAGCAGGUCACCCACCGGGUGGCGCCACUCCUCACAGGGGCUACAUAUGGAGACAAUGUCCGACUGCUGAACAGUGUCAUUCAGAGCCAUGUGGUGGAGAGUUCAAAGCCCAGUCGUGUUGGUGCUGCAGCAGUGCUCGAGUUCUGGGUGGGGAUUCUGACCCAGCAGAACCUCUGGUACCGUGACAAAACUGUCCUGUUCCUCAUGGAUCAGAUCUGCUGUGCCGCAUUCAUACACCACCAGGAGGAGUGUGUGCAGAAAAUACUGUACCAACAGCAUAAGAAUGCCUUGGGUUACCAUGGAGACCGGGGUUUGCUCUCCACUCUGGUUGGCUGGAUUGCUGGAAAUGUCACACCCUCCUUCAUAGAGGGCCAAUCCCUGAGUGCAGAGGUUUGGUUCGCCUGGCUGGUGCUCAAUAUGGAGGGCAUGUUUGAGGAAGACUCUCAGCUCAGACGCUGCGUAGAGCAAGAGCUCCUGUCAGAGCCCAACCUUUCCACAGACCAAGCCUUGAAGAAAGCACAGCAGCGGCUGAAGCUUCCAGUGGCCCCGUCUCUGCAGCGGCUGCAGGUGUACCGAUGGGCGUGUCAGGCCUUAGCCACGCCCCCUGACCACCCCAUCCUGCCACUGGUCUGGCAGAGGUUCCUACAGCUCUACCUCCGACAGCCAGGACCUGAGUAUGGGCUGGUUGCUGCAGGUUGCAUUGGCCGGAGGUUCUUCCAGGCCUCAGCUCAGGCGUCUUUACUUAGAGACCUGAGACAGAGACUGCAGGAGGUGUCUGACUUCCACCACGCUGCCAGCCAGGCCCUCAGGGUUCCUCUGCCACAUGCACCCUCAUCAGACACCGUCAGCCCGGGGGACGAGAGCCCCGAGGCACCCCGGCCCCCUUACCUCACCUCUCCUCAGCUGCACACAGAGCUUGUGAGGUUGUUUGGUGUAUUCGCCUUGUGGCUGGAUGAUGAGACCAUGCAGAAGCAGGAAGUGUACCUGCCCUCUCUUCCUCAACAGUAUGACCCACAUCGACUGGCACAGGUCAUGCAGCGGCAGCAUGAGCUGUGGUUGGAGUAUGUGGACCAUGAGCGUGUGCGGUACGAUGAGAGGGAGGUCCUGUCCCUGUGGGAGAAGGUGCAGAGUGAGCCAACUUUUCUCCAGACCAGCAACCCCAACCUCACUGACUGCACCAGCCUCAGCACUGCCAAGGAGCGAAUCUUGUCCAACCUGCAGAAGCACCCGGUUCCUCGUCUGGCUCCAGAGCUGCAGCAGCACAAGGCCCCAGUGGCUGAGGUGCCCACCGCCUGCCUCACAGACUCUAAAGCUGCCACCAAACUACUGCAGCAGGACCUCAGCAUCCUGCAGGACCAGGCCAGGAUUGCGGUGGCACGGGAAGCCCAGCAGGUGGCAAGGGAGCAGGAGCUGCUGGAGAGUCUUCCUCUGCUGUAUAAGAACCGACCAGAGCAAGUCACCAUGGCACUGGAGUGUAAAGGGAGGGGAGGGCAGCCAUGCCAGGGUCCAGCAAACAUCUCUGUCACAUGCGAGUGUGUCCAGAAACAGGAGGCAGUGCAGACUCAGAUAAUAUCGCUCCACAGCGACAUCAAGAAGCUCCAAGCCGACGCCAUGGCUCCUCCUCCUCCAACCCUGGCUCAGGCUGCAGUGCACACUGAGAACUUUAUCACGGCUCUGGUGAACAUGUACAAGGCACAGAAGACCCCAGUAGUGCAGAAUGUCGGUGUGUCUGCCUUCUACCAGGUGGUGUCUUUUGUGUGUGAGGACACACUGCGACAUCCUCCAACACGCCAGUACCUCUCCUCCUGUGUUGAGAUCCUCGGACAGGUGUUCAUCCAGGCAAAUGCCGCAGAGUGUGGCCGUGUCCUGACGUCCAUCCUGGAGCAGAGGCUUCUCUGCCCCCUCAUUUCACCCUUCUUCACACCCAAUGCAGCACCCAAUCAGCUCGUCUUCCUCUACCAGGAUGUGGUGACAUCUCUGCACCCUGACAGUGCUGAUGUCAUUUUCAUGCUGCUCACCAAGUUUGAUUUAUCCCAGUGGCUGAAUGAAGCCCAUCCGGUGUUUUCUGAGAGAACCCGCCUACUAGAGCUCAUUCAUGGAGCGCUCUGCGUCUGUGGCCGGGAGCCCGAGCCGGACCUUCUGACACCUUUUCACCUUUUUACCAAACACUGGACCUGUCUCUUACGCCACCAUUUCCCUGACCACUACAGUGACUGCCUACGCUUGCUUAUGACCAGCUCCUCAGACCAGUUACUGAGUCCAGAGUGCUGGAAGGUGACCCUGCGAGCGCUGGGCUGCUUACCUCCAUCCCGCGGUACCAAGAGUAAAAGUGAACAAGCAUUGAGCACCACUGACAUCCCGGGCCAUGCCGUUGGCCCCCCAGCAUCUCCAUACAGAAACCCCAUAAGCCUCUCUGCACAGCAGAUGGAUGAGACAGUUGACUGGCUGUGUGAUUACUUCCUGCGGAGUCGUCUCAAUAAGGCAGACCUCCGCAGCUUCGGCCUCUACUCUGCCUGGGCCCCUUAUGUCAGUGAGGUUGUGUCUUUCUGGGGCCAUUUGAUUGGUUGUCUAAUCAACGUGCAGCUCAGCAACUGUGCCAGAGAGCCUGUGGGCAGCAGCAAAGUAGUGAAAGCCCUGCAGGAUCUGCACAGUAAGAUUGUGAAGUUGUUCAAGCCUUGGAUCCUGCCCCUUGACACUGAUGAUGCAAGUAACCCCAGGUGUUACCCCUGGUUGGAGACUGAUGCGAGUUCUGCAAGCUGUCUUGUUGGCUUGUACACCCAACUCACCGAUACACUGCACCACAAAUUCAGAGAUCGUUUGCUCCCCGGCCAAAGAGGAGCCCUGUGGCUGUGUAUGAUGCAGUACUGUGAGAGCUGCACGUCUCCCCGCACACCGGAGUACCUGCUCUACCUGUACCACACACACCUCCGCACCCUGCCGUGGAGACACCUGCACCCUGACACUCAACUCAUGGAGCAACUCUUCAAUGUGGAGAGAGGAAGUCCCAAGAGCUGCUUCCUGUUCCUGGGGGAAGUGUUAUGUGAGGUCAACUGGGUCAGUGUCCUCAGUGACCACUUACAGACCCCCCCCACCACCACAGCACAGGCCUAUCCAGCUCUACCCAGCACUGGUGCUCAGAAGGACACACAAACCAUGUUGGUGUAUCUACUGUACAUGCUAGUGUUUCUGACAAAAGAGGAGCAGCUCCUUAGCCAACAGCAGGACUCUCCUCUGCUCAGUCUGUUGGUGCAGUCCACCUCUCUGCCCUGGCAUCAGCUGGAUCUCACCUCAUACCAGGGCAUUCUGGGAUACGUCAGCACCCACUACCCUCCCUCCCUGCUUCUCAGCACUGACUCUGCCCCUCAGCUGCUGCUUAAAUCACUUCGCAGUGCUGCUGGGCUCCAGCCCCGCCCCCAAGGAGCGCCACACAGGGAGGAGACUCAAAAGGCCAGAGCUUGUGUGUGCUGGUGUGUGCAGUCCUUGGUGACUUUGGAGCAGGGAGGCAGCAUCAGCCUGAGCAGCCUGGAGACCCAGCUGGAGGUCCUGCUGGAGAGCAUUGUCACAUUCAACCCACCAGAGACGGGUUUAGAGCCGAGGCAUAUGGCAUUCUGCAGUCUCUUCAGUGACGCGCUGGCUUUGCUGAAUGGAGUGGGCGUCUCAACAGGAGAAGCCCUCGCAGCUCAUGUCAUUGCCUGGCUGGACAGGAAAGGGAGGGGUUUUCCUAUUCUGCCACUUCUCACAGCUUGCUCCCGUUGUCUUGCAUCAGUACGUCACAUGACUCGCAUCAUGGAGGCCUGCAUCACAGCUUACUUCAACCAUGCAGAGGAAGAGUCUGUAGGUUGGGGUCCUGUGUUGGCAUCCCUUCAGGUGCCUGAGCUCACAGCAGAUGACUUCCUCUCCGAAAGCCAAUCAGGAGGCAGCUUCUUGACGCUCUAUGCCUUCAUUCUUCAGCGCCUCAAUACUGAACACACAGUAGCCAAUGACAGGCGGACACUGGCUCUACUCACCACAUGGACCAGCCAAGUUUUCCCCAGCAGUCCAGCUGAUGAAGCCAAGCUGUUUCUGUGGUGGCACAAGGCCCUGAACUUGUCAUUGGAGCAGCUGCAGCCACAGGCGGGCCAGGCCGAAGUCUCUGGAGUAGUUCUGGGUCUGUUGCGGUUGCAGACCAGGCUCCUUCAGUUGGGAGAAGAGAGGUUAAACUCUGGGUUGCUGGGAGCUAUAGGCCUAGGAAAGAGGUCACCCGUUUCUAAUAGGUUCAGGGUGGUGGUACGUAGUCUCGCAACAUUUCUUGCAGUCCAGGUACAGUCAGAGACUCAACUUCGUCUCCAACCCACCAGCGACCUGCAACUCUCUGCUAAAGCACAGCAAGCAUUAGGAGCAUUGGAGGCCAUGCCUAGCAGUAAGCAGUACGCUGAAUUGGAGGACUCUGUAACUAAAGCUGUUCAGUUCAUCCGCUAUCCAGGACACUGUCUGAAAGAUGGACCCCGGCUGCUUGCCCUGCUCGCCAACCUCCUCUACCCUGACCUCAGAUACCUCCACAUCAUCCACUAACAUGUUAGCAGUCUGCUAGCAUUCCUGGCCAUCAAACCCUGGAACUCACGCUGAGGAUCAGAAACAUGUUAUCCUUCUGUGCCAACAGAGUGACACAAAAUGUCCACUCUGCCCUGAGAAAUUACAUGCUGGAGCACAAAGAUUCCAGUUUGCAACACUGGAACUGGAUUUGAUAAACAGGUGACCACCAUGCAGACACUGUGCUGUUAUAUCAGCAAGAGCUGCCUGUCUUAUCCACUUGCUCUUCAUGCAAGAGCAACCGACUUUUCAUCAGAGCUCACUGUUUAUCUGUGAAAAAGUCUGUUUUGACUGGUGAUCUACAAUGCAGGACAAACCAGUCAGAAGAAUAUGAUGUUUUAUGUACUAAUGCUGUGUCGAUGACUUCCUUUUCUUGCAGUUUGCUAACUUCUCUCAUGUUUAAUGCCUUGUUGCUUUUCAUAUAACUGUUGCCUGUUGAUUUUUAUCAUGAUCUGUUCUAUUCUUGACUUGAGCUGACGUUGCACAUAUUUAUUAUUAAUAGAUGAGUCAGAAUUCAUGUCAAAAAUCACUCUCCUCGACAAUGUGUCACUGACUAGACUGAGACUGGGAUUAGACAGGGUUCACUGGCUGAUGAAACUCCUGAGGUCAGCUACUGGUGCCAGCAUGUCGCUACAGGCUACAUUUUGCAGUAAUGUUUAGGUCCCAGGUACAUGUAUGGCUGAAUACCUUAUCUGCCUGUGCGAAAUAACCAUGUUAAGUUGCAAAAUAUUUGCUAGUAUUGCAUAUGCUAGUGUUGCAUUUGUACAGCCAAAAGUGCUUUUAUUGUUUCUGCCAAAGAGGUAUUAUUUUUGUCUGCUGAGCUACUUAAAUUGUCUUGAACACACAUUUUAGUUGUAAUGUCAAUCUUUGUUGGGCACAAAAACUGUUGUACUUUGAAGAAGCACAUGCACUAGAACACAAGUACCACUUACUGUAAAUCACAGCAGCGAGCUUCCUUAUAAAGCAUUGUGCAGUGUAAUACAAAUCUGUCAUGUUAUGCUAUUACUGGAACAAGGAUGUCAUGUUAUUGUAGACAUUUACAAUAUAUAACCACUCAUAUGCAGACAAAUUAGCAUUUGUUGCGCAAAUCAAGGUCUGUGUCAGUCAUUUGGGAAUGAAGGCUAGUUUCCAUUCAGAUAAUCAAACAUAGUCAUACAUCCAAGACGGCUGUCACAUUUUCAACCUCAUCGUCAGGUCACCAUUUCUGUUGAUCUGUGCCGCUUUAAUAAUAAUGGCGCAGCAUUUCAGCAGGCUGAGGUCUGCCUUAUUGCCUGUGUUAUGUGGGGACUGUGUUAAUGCCAUAAGCAUUUCUCUGCGUGAGUCAGUCAUCAGAAAUGGGUCUGUAGGGGCUGCUGCAGGAGGGAGCAACAGUGCCACGCAGCACAGAAUAAACAUAUUCCCUUAAGUAUAAGCAGGAAAAUGUCUCACAUGGCAUUUAUCAAGCAUCUCAGAGAUCUGGGACCAUAUACACAAAACCUCCAAACAGGAAUACUGAUCUGGUAUCUGUGUUUUGGACAGAGCUGCAUCUACCCAGUUUAACCUCUCAGGUUCACUUCAGGUCAUAAUGAGUGAGGCAGUUAAAGGGGUCUAGACAGCAAUAACAGUGUCAAACUGGGACAAGAGAAGAAUCAUCACACGUAGUCAUGACUCUUUAUUAAUAUAGCCUUAGUGUGUUUGUGGUUGACCAUUUGUACAUCAGCAGCCCUGUGUACAGGCUACAUAACAGAAGUGGCCUGCACUCUGUGUUCUCCAUGCAUAAUGCUGCAGAUGGUCAAAAUGAAAUAAAAAAGCCUCCUUGACUAUGAAAC